AAUCUUAUUAACAGUGAGAUCAUGUUUCCCAAGAGUCCACGCAUACGCCGAAAUGAGUUGCUCUCCAAGCAGGGCGAGGAUUCACCCCGCUCCGUGAAGAGCUCGCCCAGAGCUCCCUACAACAAGGCGCUCAUUGGAGCCCAAAUGAAGAAACGUCGCAGCCAGGGCAACAAGAAGAAGCUACUUGGAGCGGAAAACAAGGAAAAUGUGCAGCUGCUGGAGUUGCCAAGGGCUAUCAUGCUGACUCCUUCGUCGUCAGACAACUCGCUGAGCACCAGCGUGUCCAGAUCGGGCGUGCCUGUCUACAAGGCGCAGCCCAAGCCGGAGAGGCUGACUGAGAAUAAGCUGGAACCGACGACGAAGCCGCAGUCCAAGACGGGAGGACUGCCUCCAUACCUGACGCUGAAGCGACAGCAGACGGCGGCCAUGCUGAACUAUCGAGCGCGCAAGUCCGUGUCCCAAAUGGACUUCAAGGAGGCCCGGCGCACGGGAAACUAUCAGCUGGUUGCCCAUGUGUCCAGCUCGAACGCCCUUGUGCCGGCUCAGCCCGAGCAGCAGGAGCACACGGGUCAGCUGACCAUCAAGAACGAGCACCUCACCCAACUGCUGCUGCAGGGCACCUCGCAGCUGGGCAGCACUCGCUUCGUGGUCAACGGCGACCAGGACUUGCGCAUCGCCAGCCUGCGCAUCUUCAACACCAUCAUGCUGCGCUCCUGGCGGCGCAGGCGGCAGGAGGUGCGUCACCUGGCCGAGCAGGUCGAGGACUUCAAGCGCAAUUUUGUCAAGAGCCGCAACCAGCUGCACGUGUACAACACGCUGUUCGCUGUGGAGAAGCGACGCAACGAGACGCUGAACGAUCAGCUGAAGCAGGCCUACAUGGACAGCGCCAAGACAAAGGUGUCCUACAACGAACUGACCUUGCUGCUCGGCCAGACCAACGAGGAGAAGCAGCAGUUGGCCAAGGACAACGCCUUCAAGGCCCAGGAGAUCGAGAACCUGCAGGAGAUGCUGCAGGCGACCAAGAAGGAACUCUUCCUGGCCAACACGCUGCAGCGUGAGCAGCUGGAGCAGCUGGCGCGCGUUCAGCUCGAGUGCCAGGGAGCCAAGUUCGACAUCGAGGAGUUGACCAGUCAACUGCAAUCCUUGCGACUCGAGCUGACCCAGAAGCAGGAGUAUGUGGAGAAGCUGCGCGAUGACAUUGCCCUCGUUGCGGAGCAGCUGAAGCUGUCCAACUCGAACCUGGUCGAGUACAAGUGCGAAACGGACCUGCAUAUCGGCAAAUUGAUGAAGCACACUGAAGAGCUCGAAAAAGAUAUCAAGGAGAAGGAAGUUCAAAUUCGGACCCUGGAAAACUGCCUCGCCGCCACCGUGGGUCACCGCAUUCGCCAGUGCUUCGCCCAGAGUCAGGUCUACCAACAGGCCACCUUUCGAUUGAUGCACCUCGUCGCCUACUGCAUGCUGCCCGGCACGCCUCCCCCUGCUCUGCCCAUGGCUUCCAUUCCGGGUGCUGUCAAGAAGCUACGCGGCCUCUUCCCGGGCGGCUCGAAUGGGUCGCACAACGUCGAUGCCGCCCUAGCAAACACAAAAUAGAUGUAUCUAUGUACACUAUGAGUAUACAUAAUCAUCACUUAGUUGAAAUUUUAGUAGUUAUUCUCGUUUGUCCAUUGAUAAUUUUACGUUCAGUUAUUUCAUGUUCUCAUUGCUUAAA